CCACAGAGUCUUAGAGCAACCAACCAGAGUCGAGGGAUUUGGCGAGCAAUCAUCGCCAGAUGCAGCUUUCGGCUUCGCUGCGACGACAUCACAUUCACGAUUAAGCAAAUUGGGCUGCAUCGUAACCCACCAAUUCGGCCACGAUGCUGUCCCAACGAUUCGCACGGGUCUCGACGAUCCGCGGCGCCGCCCAGGCCGCCCGACGAACUCCCAUUGUUCAGCAGCGAACCUUCUUCCCGCCUCAAAUCAACGACCGCAAGGUCCUUGAGGAGAAGUACCCCGAUUAUCCGACCCUGUCCGAUGCCGAGGACCCCGGCAUGAACGGCGGCUACAUCAACCCUCCCUUCAUCAAGAGACAGUUCCGCGACCCUCACGGCGACUGGUGGGACAAGCAGGAGCGCCGCAACUUUGGCGAGCCCGUCCACGAAGACCACGAUCUGCUCGGCAUGUUCUCCCCUUUCGAGUACACCUGGACAAGCACCGGCAAGGGUCUGCUCCAGAUCGGGGCCUUCGUCGUCGCCUUCUUCGGCGUCUGCGGCGUUGUUGCCGCCAACUACCCUGACAAGCCCUCCUACCCGAGAGAGUUCCCCGAUGGACUCGAGAGAGAGCUGGGAGGCGCCAGUGCUGUGCGGAAAGGCUGGCGAUGCGGACCCAUGAAGAAAUCGACUCAGGAAGAACUGACGACCGGGAAAACACGUGUAAAUUCUAGAGCAGAAGCACCAAUCGUGGGGCAGCCCCCCAACCAACAAAUUCAUAUGUUUCCAGGCAUGCUCUGCAGGGCCGUGUGA